GUUGCUGAGGCUGUCAGACAGCUCCAUCCGUUUAUCUGGCAUUUAGGAGGAGAAGAAGAAGCAGCUAAGUUGCUUUUGAUACCCGCAAAUGGGGUUGGCAUGAAAAUUGACAAAAGUAACUGGAUUUGCUUCCGGUACCCAGAAAUGGGAUGGAUAUGAAAUCAAGAAAGCGUCCAAAGUUGCUUUCAGUACCCGUAAAUGGUGUAGACAUAGGUCAACAAAGCAGUCAGCUGUGCUUUUUGUGGCAAAUUUAUUUAUUAAUUAAUACCGUAAGGGGCUAAACCCAAGAUAAAACCACAAUCUAGAGACAAAUAAGUACGGGUGAUCCGAAUAUUCAUAAAGAAUUUGAAUAUGUAAAGUUCUUGGGGUACACUACUGGUCAUUGUUACCGUGUUUUAGCAUAUGGAACAAUACCUAGUCAAUUUGAAACAAGUGAUUACUGUUGUUUCAGUGUUUGACUUGUGUUAUUUUUAACUGACUUGAUUAAUAAUUAUUAAGCAACUUUCUAUCUCUUGUAAUUUUUGUAGUGUUCUUUCUUGGUUUCGAACACCAAGCAUUCUGUGUGUUUGGAUUAAUGACUUCUGUAAUUGGUUUUAUAGUUGGAAACAAGCAAGUCAUCACCCAAGAGCUGCACAAAUUUGUCAUCAUGGCAGUUGAGUGGAAACAGUUGUCAAGACAGGACCUUGAUGAAUGCGUCUCUCCCUCCAAAUGGAGCAACCGUUGUGGCCUCUUCGCUGAUGUAGUGGAGUAUUUUGUAGCCACAAUCGCCAAGGAAACUGAAUCCAUGCGGAAAACUUUUGCCCAUGAGCUAGAUGUCCGGUAUGGAGAGGGCCAAUUCCAAAGGUUGGACCUCUAUCUGCCCGAGCAUCAAACAGCAGACUCCCCGGUUCUCCUCUGCAUUCACGGUGGAUACUGGCAAGCCUCCAGCAAGGAUGAUUGUGGAGUGCUAGCCUGGCAGUCCAUCAGACAUGGCGCAGUAUCGGCAGUGGUCAAUUACACUCUUGCACCUACAGGAACACUGCCGCAAAUGGUCAACGACAUUGAACGGGCUCUUGUGUUCUUGGCCAAGAAAUUUCCCAAAGCGAGAGGAUUUUAUAUCUGCGGUCACUCUGCUGGUGGUCAUCUGGGGGCCAUGAUGCUGUCUGUUGAUUGGUCAGUCAAAUAUGGUCUGCCCGAAGAUUUCAUCAAAGGGGCUUGUCUGAUGUCGGGAGUGUUUGAUGUUCGGCCACUGGUCAAGUCUUACGUUAAUGAGCCUCUUCACCUUACAGAAAAUGAAGCUGACCAAGUCAGCCCCAUCAAUUCCACCAACCUGUCCAAGGCUGUCCGGCUGAGCCCCCAUUGUAAAAUUAUCAACGUCUACGGGGAACAUGACCCACCAAUUUUCAAACAGAUGUCCAAGGAUUAUACCAGAAAACUUGCCAAUGGUGGUAUUGAUGCUACAUAUGAGGAGAUUCCAGGGAUGGACCAUUUUGAGCUGGUGGAAAGACUAGUUGACCCCGAGUAUUCCCUCACAAAGAUGUUGUUGCAAUUGAUGUCACUGUGAAGCCGCUCGCAGUUUCUUCUGGCAAGCAGCAGUCUAUGCAAUAUCAGAAAUAAUUUCAAACUAGAAUUUCAUUUCGAAAAAUACAAUAGGAGAAUUCUGAAAUGCUUCGCAGCUGCAACCCUAACCGUCCUGAUUUUGUUAACUGUUUGCAUCAUUUCAAACAAGUGCACCAUACCUCAGUUGCCAUUGAAAUUUCAGGAGCAAAGGAAAGGCAGCACGUACAUGUGCUGCCGUCUGUUCACGUGUUGUUGUGUACAUAUAGCUAGGGCUAUGCUCAUGUGUGCAGUCUUAUGCGACAGUUCAGUACUGACAAAUAUUGGACUUGUGUGCGGCUCCUCUCAUUCUCGCUUGGUAAACAGCAAAAUUUAAGUGGCACAAGAUAAUGAAUGGCCCAGUGGGAGAGGGCCCCCCCCUCUCAAUCAAUCAUGUGUAUUGGUAUGGUAAUUGAAAAUAACGGUCACUUAAUUGGCCCAGCAGGUUCUAUAUGCUUCAAGUGAUUCAACGGCCCCGUUUCAUAUUCUGUUGUUUGAAAAUGUACGUGCAAGAACGUAAACCUGCCUUGUAUUUCAACAUUAGCAGUCUCAAGUGUUAUGGGCAUAGUGACCUUUCCUAUAUUGGAAGAGCAAUUUUUGUCCAAAUUCAAUUUUAAAUAUCUCAAGUUGGCAAUGACCAAUUUUAAAUCCCAUCAGAACAAACUUGUUUUAGAACUUUAAAUUUAUGUCUACAGUCAGGUUUUUUGGCACAGCCAAAAAAUUUUGAAGUUGAAAUUUGUUGUCAUUGUUUUUAUUCCAUAUGCUGCAAUGUUCAAGAAAGGCACCCUGUUAUAUGGAAACACUCAUACAACCUGUUGCAGGCUAUUAGAACAAGCCUUGUGAUUGGUCAGAUUGCACGAGGUUGUAAUGUAAUAGGCUGCCCAAUUAUGGAAAUACUCCAGACUGAUUAGUCUGUUUGAUGCUGCUCGCUGAAAGGCAUACAUAGGACUUGGAGGUCCCUUUUUUAUAAGAGGUAUUUUUUUUAAUACGUUGUAUUUGCUUCACUAUGAAACAAUUGUAAAUGGAGUUUAUUUCUUCCAGUCUGUGAUUUUGUAAUUUUCCACAAUUUUUUUUUUUGGGGGGGAGGCUGAGUAUGUUAAAUUGGGUUUCCGAGUAAGUUUUCAGAAAUAACUAACCUUGAUGUAAACAAAAAAAAAGGCUACCGAGAACCGUAAUACUUGAGCACAGCACAUGUCCAUCAGCCUCACCUUGCUGCUGUCAUGAGUAAGGCAUCAUUUCAAAAUUCGUAUCGGCUGACUAUAGGACAGGGCCAUCCGACCGAUAGCAGCGACAUGUAUUGAGUGAAUAAUGGAGGGGGGUGUUGCUCCACGAAAACCACAUAGGCUUGGGGGUAAUGCAAUAAACAGGCAUUUAUCAGUUAGAAUUGGCCACUUGAGAACACUUAACCUGAUAGCCAACCAAUGAUAAAUGUAUCGGUCGGACCGUUCUGUCUGACACCCACCCGAUAAAAAUUUUCAAAUGGUGCCUAAAUAUGCUUAACCUUCACGUCUUUUCUAUGCAGCACUUCACUGUGCACAAAAACUGAAAAUGAAAUUAACGCCACUAUGAAAGACAAGUCCCUGAUUGUGUCCAAUGAUAAAAUACACCAAACGCUCUC